AUGUCGUCCAUCAUCAGGUCCGUAGGCUCGGCUCUGGGCGAUGGGCUCGACUGCCUGUUCUCUGCCUUUUCACCUUGGUUCUACGCACUCAAAUUGCCCACUGCCCUGGCCGACGCCGCUGCGCUGCUCGCCUUAGGCGCCGUCAAUGUCACCGUUCCCGGUCCCAAGGAGGCUAGUCCCGUAUUUGAUGCUUUUGUGAGCUACUCGCUCGAGUUUGCUUUUUUUCCAGAUUUUGCUGGAAACGCCUCGGCACCAAACAGGUUCUCAGACAACCUGCUCGCCAACUUGGGUAACCUACAAGGCGUUCGCCCCUAUAUCCGUGUAGGCGGAAACACCCAAGACUACGCCCUCUACGAUGAAUCCCUCCCCUACGCCGUGAAUGGCACCUACGAUUUCGCCAGGUCAAAAGACUAUCCAACCACCAUCCACAUCGGCCCCUCCUUCUUUGAGUCGUAUGGUACUUUCAAAGACACCAAAUUCACCCAUGGCUUCAACCUAGGCCUAGGCGGCAACCGCUCAGAAGGAUGGGACACCCUCAAAGCUACCGUCCCCCUGGCCUGCAAAGCCAUCGGCAAAGACAACCUCGACGUCUGGGAAUACGGUAACGAGCCGGACCUCUUCUCGACCUCGGCCCAGGGCCCCGUCCGCCCUUCGUCCUGGAACGAGACUAUUUACGUAGAGCAGUGGCUGAACGGCACACGCGAAAUCGCCUCCAUUCUCGCGGAAGCGUGCCCCGAUUUCCCCAAGCCCGUCUUCAUGGCGCCCUCCAACGGCGGCACCGCCAACCGGCUCCGUGCUCCCGUGCAAUGGGCCGCCGGCCUGAACGCCGACGCCAACAUCGCCCUCUUCUCAACGCACAAUUACAUCAGCGGCGCCGAGACCCCCGGCGUCACGCUCAAGGGCACGCUGAUGAACCACACCCGCACCGUGCAGUCCGUCCAGGCACACGUCAAGGAAUACGCCAACCUCACGAGCCGCUUCGACGAUGUGCCGCCGCAUAUCUACGGGGAGCACAACUCGCUGUAUAACCAGGGCAAGCCGGGCUUGUCCAACUCGUUUGGCGCCGCGCUCUGGGGCGUCGACUUCAAUCUCUACGCUGCGUCCCAGGGGAUCAAGCGCGUUCACAUGCACAUGGGCACCGACUAUCGUUACCAAAGCUGGCAGCCCAUCCACACAAACGUAACCGCCCUCGGCACCAAAGCCCCCUAUUACGGCAACAUCGCCAUAGCAGCCUUCCUCGCCCCGUCAAAGGCCUCCCCCACAACCCCAGUCUCUAUAGCCCAUAUCCCCCUCCCAUCUGACGAUCAGGAAACAACAUCCGCCUACGCAGCAUACCACGGCGACACCCUCACCCGUAUCCUCGUCAUCAACCUCAAGCCGCACAACACCACCGUAAACGGCACCGGCACGACGCCCGAUCCGAACAGCUCCCCCACGCGCGGGACCAAGCAAUACAGCUUCACGGUGCCGUGGGCCAAUGAUAUCUUCGCCAACGUGCGGAGGUUGAAAGCGAAAGGAAGCGAUGCCAUUUCGGGGGUUACGUGGGAUGGGUGGAGUUAUAAUCACGAGCUCGAUGAGGGGAAACCUGUGAGGCUGGGGAAUGUUACUGUUGGGGAGACUGCGAUUGUGUAUGGGGGGAGGGUUACGGUUGCUGUGAGGGAUAGCGAGGCUGUUGUUGUUAGUCCUGUUUUGGGGUGUGUUAGGGGGAAGAGGAGGGCGUGA